UACACUACACAACACUGCACUGACUGAAACGAAAAAAAACACAGAUUUUGCAAUCCGCAGAAAAGACUUAUGAAUAGUAUUUUUAUGCGGAUGGCCAGCGCGCAGAGGACCUAAGAGAUGGGCUACGAUGUGAAUCGCUUUCAGGGGGAGGUGGACGAGGAGCUCACCUGUCCCAUCUGCUCCGGAGUGCUGGAGGAUCCGCUGCAGGCCGUGAUGUGCGAGCACGCCUUCUGUCGCGGAUGCAUUAACGAGUGGCUAACCCGCCAGCCCACCUGUCCGGUGGAUCGCAAUGCCCUGACUACUGCCAACUUGCGGGCAGUGCCUCGCAUAUUGCGCAACCUACUGUCCAGACUGUCAAUUACCUGUGACAAUGCACCUUAUGGCUGCACGGCUGUUCUAAAGCUAGACGCUUACAACUCCCAUCUGGAGGAAUGCAUUCACAACCCGAAGCGACCAUUUCCCUGCGAGAAGGGUUGCGGCUUUGACAUACCCAAGGAUGAGCUAAAGGACCACAACUGCGUGCGGGAGCUGCGCACUUUAAUUGUCAAGCAGACAGAAAAGAUGGGUGAACUCAAAUCGGAGCUCACCGACCAGCAGCUGACAAUCAACGAACUGAAGCGUGAGCUGCAGCUAUUCAAGGACUUUAUGCGUGCCAUGCGCGUCUCCAAUCCUGCGAUGCGGGCCAUAGCCGACCAGAUGGAGCGCGACGAGGUGAUCCGCUGGAGCAGCACACUGCCUCGGGCCAGGGUUACGCGCUGGGGGGGAAUGAUCUCUACGCCCGACGAUGCACUGCAGCUCAUGAUCAAGCGCGCUUUGUCCGAGUCGGGUUGUCCGCCACACAUCCUGGAUAGUCUCAUGGAGUUCUGCCACGAGCGACGUUGGCCUCGAGGACUUAGUUCGCUAGAGACACGACAAACCAAUCGCAGGAUCUACGACAACUAUGUGUGUCGACGCAUUCCAGGCAAGCAAGCUGUGCUCGUUUUGAGCUGCGACAACCUCCACAUGACUGAGGACGUCAUGAUCGAUCCAGGUUUGGUCAUGAUCUUCGCCCAUGGCAUUGAGUAGGCCCUCUGCCGCUGAUUAACCACUUAUCCUAGGUUAAAUGCUAACUAUAUCGAACAGUGCUCAGUUUUGUUGAUUCCUUAACUUAAGAAUAAGCAUUAAAAACAAUAUUGUAAGGAAAAACUCGCAAAACAAACCAUUCAAGCGCCUCAUGACGACUUUCAAGUUGUACAAAAAAUAUAUAUUACUUUCGGUUCAUUGUUUAUCCCCAUUUAGUUAGUACGCAAAUUCGUAUACUUCAUUAAAUCGUUCGCAUACCCAAUAUUAUAUGUUUGAUUAAGCGAUCUCAACAAUUGUCCCUUCGUUAUCGUUCACUUCAUUCUCAUUUCGAUGGAAGGAAGCUGUGAGUGUCUUAAUUCGCGUUUAAAUUCUUAUUGCACACCCUACUUAAAAUUCUGAAAUAUUUGUCAAUACUUUUAGAAUAAAUGUGAAACAAGUAA